AUGAUCACAACUGAUAAUGCUUUAAAGAGCUAUACUUCUGAUCUUGACAUUUCUACAAGUUCUGUGGAAGAAAUAAGCACCUCUAAGUUAAGUAAAGAAAAUAUUGCACAUGAAGUGAAAUAUAAUGAGAGGCAUAUUGAAGAAAUCUGUAUAUGCUGUGGAGGGUUUGAGAUUCACACUCAACAUCCUUUGUUUCAUGGCGGAAUGUGUGCUCCUUGUUCGGAAAGGUUUUUUGAAAGAUUCUUCCUGUGUGAUGAUGAUGGCUACCAAGCUGAUUGUACCAUCUGCUGCUGGGGCAAAACUCUAAUAAUGUGUGAUCAUUCAGCAUGUCACAAAUGCUUUUGUGAAGAAUGUGUGGACACCCUUGUUUAUCCUGGGUGUGCAGAAGAAAUAAAAGAAACAACUACCUGGAUAUGCUUCAUGUGUGCACCUCAAUAUGUAAAUGGAUUGCUAAAGAGGAGAAUAAAAUGGCAUGCAGUUCUGAAACAUUUCUAUGAUCAAGAAUCUAACAGCCCUAAUAUAUGGAUAUAUCAGCUAUUGUCUCCAUGGGAGAGAAAGUCAAUCCACGUGCUUUCACUUUUUGACAAUAUUACAGAGGAAUUGAAAAGCUUUGGGUUUUUAGGGGAAAGGAGAGGCAAUGGGUACCUAAAGUACAUGGACGAUGCCACAGAUGUGAUAAGAACAAAUAUAGAAGAAUGGGGUCCAUUUGAUUUUAUUUUUGGCUCAACUCCUCCUGUAGCAAAAUUUUAUAAACAUCCAUCUGGAUUUCAAGACAGCAACCUAGUGUACUCUGACAAAAGUUUUAUAUGCCAGUUUAAGCUCAGCAAUGGUGACUGCCUUGUUUUGAUGGUCUUUAUGGCUGAGUGGGGACUUGAAUCUGAAUCAUCUUAG